UUCAGUUCACGUUCACAAUCACAAUCACAAUAUUAUUAUAAUAAUAUCAAUCACAAUCAUUCAAUUCUCAUCCUCAUGUCAUUGUCAAUACCAUGAUGAAAACGAAAACAAUUAACGAAGUGAAGAUUUCAUUUUCUAUUGAUAGGCCUAGUCAAUCCCAACAAGACGAUUCGAUGUCAAUUAAUAGUGAAUCUUUAGACACUUACAAUUCUGAUAAAAUUGUUGGAUCCCGUAAAAGAAAAUCGCCUAGGCCUACUGCUCAGGAUGACAACGGUGAUUUUGAACACUUACAAUCCAAUAGGAAACGUAAACAUAAAAAAGGGGAUGGAAAUGAGAACAAAAGUGACUUUCAAUUAGCUAUGGACAAGGCAGUAGACUUCGAUGUUGAAAGUUUAAAGCAAGACAAUACGCCCAAAUCACUCGUAAAGCAAAAGAAAUCAAAAAAGAAGAAAAAUAAAUCCAAGCCAGUUAGCGUACAACCCAACUCUUCUAUCUUGGAUUAUUUAACUAGAUGGAAGAACGAAAGAGGUAAUUGGAAAUUUGAGAAAGUGAAACAGACACGUUUGGUUACCAACAUGUUUGAAAAUGAAAAGUUGCCUGAUGCUCAUUUUGAUAUUUUCCUGGAAUAUAUGGAAGGAGGAAGUAAAAGUAUGAAGGAGUUAAUGUCAAAGAUGGCAAAUGAAGUUAUUGAAGAAAUGGAGAAGUGGGAAAGUUUAACUGAAACAGAAAAAGUGUCUACUCCCAAAGUUAAUGAAAUUAAGUACAACAGAGCCAGAACUGUAUUACAAAUGCUUCAAUAAAACUCCUGUUAAUGAA